AUGUUCUGUGAUGGAGCUCGCGAUGGCUGGGGUCUUGCUGGAAGCUGCAACCUGAAACGAAGAUCUGAAAGACCAGACCCAGGCUCUGACCCUUUAAACACUAUGUCCUCCCAGAGUGAUGGCACAGACACAGAGAUUAGCAGCUCCGAGUCCAAUAGCCUCUCUGUAGGCUAUUUUCCUUCACAGGAACAGUCCUCACAGGGUGAUUCCAUCCAUUUCCUCCCACCCAGACAAAGGAGCAUGGCUAACCAAAAGCACAGGGAGACCAAAGGAAGACAUAGCCAAGUUCAGACGAGCCCAGAACAAUUUUCCACAGUUUUUCCAACCCUAGCAUGGGAUAUUGAUCUGGGCCCUGACCAAGCAGACAGAGAAAAUAACUGGGCAGUCAUGAAGCAGUCACUGGAAACAGAUAGUCUUAUCCCUGGAUCACUUCCAAAACAAGAUUCCCAGAUCACCACAGUUUCCCUUCUAGAAACCACUAAAACCACCACUAAGUCCAUCCAAGAUGAGAAUAUGCCUCCAAACUUUCUAACUGUUCAACUGGCAGAAGAUAUACAACCAGCCAUGCCACAGGAGUACCAGCUCAGAGCAACAAAAGAGAAGGAGACUUGGCAGUACAGGAAGGAGACAGCAAGCUAUGAGAAUAACAGAGCAAGCUCUGGAGAAUCUUCUUUGCUACCCACAGGAAAGAGGGAGGAUGACCAGCCUCCACCUUCCCCAGGUAUACAGUCGCUGUGCUGUUUAAACAUAAGCCGGUUUCUUCGAUGGUUAAGGGAACAAGUCACUUCCUCCUCACUCUCAGCAAGGGAGUAGUCCCAAAACAAGGCCACCGAGGGCACAAAACUGCAAGUCCCAAAAAGACAUCGCUCAUAGAGAGAAAGGAGAGUCCAACCCCAGGACACUCCAAAAUCUACUGACCCAAAGCCUGAACUUUGUAAUAGCUAA